AUGAAGGUUUACCUGCCACUGGGCAUUGAAAGGAGCACAAGAGUUGUGCAGAAGGAUCAGAAUCCAAUCUGGAAUGAGACUUUGAUGUGGUAUCUGGACCAGGAGCUUCUGGACAACAGUUCUUUUGCCAUCGUUAAACUCCUUGAAUGGGGCACAAAAAUCCAAAACAGGGAUUUUGGCAGCGUGGACGUAGCCUUAGGAGGAGCAGCUGAAAAACCAAAUGUUAUGAUGAUAAAGAAAAAUCAAAGCCUGAGAAAUAACAGUCUGCAGCCAACCGGGUGCACCAUCACGCUAAAAAUCUGCUUCUCACCGCCGGAACCUAAAAUGGUUACGCACAGAAGAAAACAUGAUUUAAAGAAGUUGAUCUGUUGCCCUGUCUUUGCCAAGGCUUCUGGCACAGAAGAAUUUACUCUCAAAGAAACCGAGGCGCCUCGAGUACCAGCUCCAACAUCAACCACCAUGAAAGAGCUUUCCAACAAGAAACAACUGUUCCAGGUGCGAGUUAUCAUCAUCGAAUGUAGACAACUGCAAGAAAACAACGUCAAACCGGUGGUGAAAGUCAGUAUUGGAGAUUAUACAUUCAGGACAAGAAUCAAACGUGGAAACAAUCCAUAUUAUAAUGAGGUUGGCAUCUUUGUUCAAAAUUUCAACGAGACGCCUCUUCACCUUUUUGAUCAGUUUAUUACCAUACAGGUGCUGAACUCUCGGUCUGUCAGAGCGGAUGCAUUCAUUGGUGUCUUUAAGAUUGAGAUGGGACUUGUAUAUGACUCUCCAGUACAAGAUGACACAGUGACACCUUUCACGGCCCCACCUGUGGAUCCUCUCAGCAUCUCUGUGGACCCUUCUCUGGAAGUUAAUUUUGGAGGACGAGUGCUAAGGACCAAGGUCAUUCUCGGAGACACCAACCCUGUGUGGAACCAGGUGCUCUGUUUUCCCAUGCAGUUGCCUUCUAUCUGUGACCUCAUUAAACUCACUCUAAUGGAUGGUGCAGAAGAAGGAGAUGGACUUCUUCUGGGCACUGCCUUCCUCAGCCUCGCCCAGAUCUCUUGCACGGGAGCUGAAACAAAAAAAGAGACUUCAGGCUUCUUACCUUGCUUUGGCCCAAGCUUUCUCACGUUCUACGGAAGCCAAAAGGAGUUUCUGAACCCAGCUGAAACUCCCGAGAAACGCAGGAUUCAGGUGGAAGAAGGGACCACGUAUCGUGGGAGAGUUCUUAUGGAGCUGCGAACUCUCAGGGAACCAAUACCAGUUCAGAAAAUUGAAGACAUCCCUGGAGAAACUGUUAAAAAGAUGCAGCAUUUCUUGCCUCAGUUCCGAUAUGGUCUAUGCGUUGUUUUUUACUCUGCUACCAUGUUGGCUGAUAUCACGGAACCAAUCCAGUUUGAGGUCAGCCUAGGGAACUACGGGAACAAAUUUGAUGAGACCUGCAAACCCUUUGCCUCCACCACCCAGUACUGCCAUGCUGUCUACGAUGGUAACUUCUACUAUUACCUACCGUGGUAUGACACUAAACCCAUGGUGACCAUCACUUCCUUCUGGGAGGACGUUAGCUACCGCGUUGCCUGCACAAACACCCUCCAGUUCAUUCACGAGAGGCUGAAAAAGAAUCUGGAUACUCUUAAAACCAUCCUCCAGCCCCAUGACCCAUUGGUGGCUGUGGCUUGGAAGAAGCUUCAGAAAGAGUUGGUCGAAGACUGCAAGAAGCCUUUGCCAGCUUUGGACAUCCAGAAAGCUGUGACCGUCCUCGAUAAACAGCUGUGGAAGCUACGGGUUCGGGUGCUUCAACAAAUCGGCAAGGCUGCAGAGAAGACCAACUGGAAAACCCCCUUGCAGAAACUCAUCCCUAAAGUUGAGGGGUGGCUGAGUCGGAUUGCUUCCGUCGCAGUCGAGACUCAAAUAAGUAUCCCCGAUGUGACGAUCUGGAUGCUGUUGGAGGACCAACGCGUGGCCUAUGUGCGGGUGAAGUCCCAGGCCAUAAUGUUCUCCAAAGACGGCCCCUAUGCCAAAGGCAGGCUUUGUGGCAAAACUCAUACCCUUUUCCUAAAGGGUAUGCAAAGCAAAGUGAAUUACAACCCCAUCCCUGCCGUGCUCCGGGUUCGAAUGUGGAUGGGGCGGAUGGCCGACUGCGCAGACUUCAUGAGAUGUUGCGAAGGGAGGAUCGCGGUCUACGCGGAAACGUAUGAAAACCAAAAGAAGACACACGGAAUAUGGGGAGUCAUGGAUCUUAAGCCGCACCCCAACUUCUCAGAUGUGACUGGACAGGUCAGCCUCCCCAAAGACACGUUCCAGCCGCCCACAGGUUGGCAAUGGGACAGCGAGUGGGCUGUGGAACCCCAGAGGAGGCUAUUGCUGGACAAAGAGACCAACUAUUCGGAAGUGAUUCAGGAAGUUUAUGAGAACCAGAGUCGACAGCCCAGCCGUCGAUGGAAACCAGCCAGGGUCCCUUACAGCAACGCGAGUGGGGCUCCUGCUCCCCGAAAAGAAGACAUCUUGUGUCCUCCUGGGUGGAUCUUUGUAGAAGAAUGGAAAGUGGAAUUGAACCGGGCUGUGGACGAUGCUGGAUGGGAGUAUGGCGUUGCCAUCCCACCUGAUGAGUUUCCACACUCCUGGAACACAGCUGAGAAGACCUACCACACACACCGGCGGCGACGUUGGCUCAGGAAGCGUUUCCGGAACCUCGGCAGGGAGACUCAACAAAACCAGAUGGCCGCUUUUCUCCAGCUGCACUUAGACGUUAAAGCGAAAGAGGAUGUCUGGGAAUAUGCGCCUCUUGACAGCUGGAGAUUCCACCUCCAGAGGCAACCAGAUGAUAUUUUUCGGCGACGUUGUUGGCGCAGGAAGCUUGCUCCGGUGGAACCCAGCCUGGUGGCACCCAUUUUCUACUUGGAAGGCUCCUUGGGUGUGGAGGUUGGAGACCGGCAGAAAAAGAAAAAACCUGAAGCAGGAAGGAAAGAUGAAAAAGAGGAGGUGGAACUAGAACCAUCUGCAUCCCAAGGUCUCUUGAAGAAGAACACUCCUCUUCUCUACUGCGUCUUCAAGAGUCCAUUGUAUUUCCAGUUGCGCUGCUACAUGUACCAAGCCAGAGACCUUCUGAGAAGCAUUGUGAAAGGGACCGCAGAUCCUGUGGCUCACGUCUCUUUCCUUCAUUUGAGCCACUGCACCCACGUUAUCAGCGGCACGUUGCAUCCAUGCUGGGACGAGACCCUCCUCUUUGAAGACAUUUUGAUUUAUGGAGAUCCUCAAGGGACGGCUCAGGAUCCCCCCAUUGUGGCCGUGGAGAUAUUUGACUAUGAUUCAGGCGCCCGAUCCAAUGAUUUUAUGGGAAGGUGCAUCUGCAUUCCAAUGGUGUGCCUGGAUCUGAAUGUACGAAGUAUUCCCCGUCUCCAGAAGCAUCGGAUCACCAGAAACGAAGAGGAGAAUGGUUACCUCAUGGCUGCUUUUGAGCUUCUCUUGGAUAGGAAGGACGGAUCCAUGGGGAAACUUCCACCUCCUACUUGGAAAGAUGGUGUUUAUACAAUCCCCAAAGGAAUCCGGCCCAUUUUGCGGCUGAUGGCUGUAGAGAUUCUUGCCUGGGGUCUCCGAGACAUGAAGAAUUACAAUCUGAUGGUUGUGAACAAUCCCAGCCUCAUCAUAGAGUGUGGGGGAGAAUCCAUUCAGACAACCACCAUCAGGAACUUUCAGGAAUACCCAAAUUUUUCAAUUAACGUCUAUCUCAUGAAAGUGUACCUGCCUGUUGAUGAAGAUUAUUCCCCUCCCAUUGAAUUGAAGGUGAUCGAUCACCGCGAUUUUGGAUAUAAGCCAGUGGUGGGCCAAGCUACAGUCAGAUCUCUGAGUCAAUAUUACUGCAAUCCAUUGGAAGAAAUCAAAGUCCAUAACCUACCGCCCCGAGUCACUAAAAAGGUGAAGACGAAAAAGAGGUGGACCAGCUUCCAAUUAUGGUCUUGGAGGAAAGCGAAAGAAAAGAAGACCGAGGAGGAGGAGGAGGAGGAAGAAGAAGAAGAAAUUGAUUGGUGGAGCAAGUACUAUGCCACAAUGGGAGAUUUGUCAAAGAGCGGACACUACCUGGAAAAGGGCUAUGAUAGCAUAAAGAUCUACAACUGUGAGCUGGAAGAAGUACCUGAAUUCCACGGUCUCCAGGAUUUCUGUCAGACCUUCCAGCUGUACCGAGGAAAAGUCCAAGAUGAUGACCCUGUGGUGGGGGGAGAAUUUAAGGGGCUUUUCCGGAUCUAUCCUUUGCCAGAAGACCCCAGAAUUCUACCUCCACCACGUCAGUUCCAAGAGCUUCCUGCCAACGUCUCCCAGGACUGUCUGGUUCGCGUUUAUAUCAUCCGAGCUUUUAAUCUCCAGCCAAAAGACGUCAACGGAUUGUGUGACGCCUACAUCAAGAUCAAGCUGGGGAAAGAAAGGAUGGCUGAUCGAGAAGAAUAUAUACCCAACACCCUGGAUCCUGUGUUUGGAAGAACGUAUGAACUCACAUGCACCAUCCCAUUAGAAAAAGACCUGAAGAUCUCAUUAUUUGAUUUUGACCUCUUUUCACCUGAUGACAUUGUUGGGGACACCACCAUAGACUUGGAGAACCGGCUCAUGUCUCAUUAUGGGGCCAACUGUGGGCUGCCACAGACUUACUGUGUGGCUGGCCCCACACAAUGGAGAGACCAGCUUCUUCCAAGCGAACUCUUGGAAAAUCAUAUUCAGGCCAAAAACCUACCCCAGACGGAGAUAAGUGAAGAUGGAAGCAAAGCCGUUUUCAUGGGUAGAACUUAUCUGCUCUCUGACUUCGAGACCAAAGUACCUUCGCAUGGAUUUCUGGGACCCGCCAAAGAACGUAUGGCACUCCACCUCCUCCGGACAUGUGGUUUGGUCUCUGAACACAUAGAAACUCGCACCCUCUAUGACUCAGCUCUACCUGGGAUUGACCAAGGUAAAUUACAGAUGUGGGUGGACCUCUUCCCACUCUAUUUGGGUGACCCAGGACCUCCAUUUGAUAUCACCCCACGGAAGCCCAGGAAAUACGAGCUCCGCUGCAUAAUUUGGAACACAAAAGACGUGGAUCUAGAAGAUACCAAUAUCUUUGGAGACAAGAUGAGUGACAUCUAUGUGAAAGGAUGGCUGGAUGGCCAGGAGGAAGACAAGCAAAGAACUGAUGUCCAUUAUAGGUCUUUGGCAGGAGAAGGCAACUUCAACUGGCGGUUCAUAUUCACACUGGAUUAUUUGCCCAUGGAGCAAACUUGUGUCCUCACUAAGAAGCAACAUUUUUGGAGUCUGGAUGAGACCAUGCAGAAAGUACCUCCGAAACUGAUCAUCCAGGUCUGGGAUAAUGACAAAUUCUCAGCUGACGAUUUCAUAGGCAACCUGGAAAUCAACUUAACCAGCGUUCCACGACCUGCCAAGCGGCCUCGGGAUUGCACUCUGAAAGUCCUGCAGGACGAUAGCGGCAGGGCCAGAUCUUGCACUCCUUUUCACCAACGGAAGCAGAAAUGCAUUUCCCUGUUCACCCAGAGGAAUAUGAGAGGCUGGUGGCCUUGCAUUGUCUUCGAGAAAGACAAGCCACGGGUGUCCGGAAAGAUCGAGAUGUCUCUGGAAUUGCUGACCGAUUUGGAGGCUGAAGAAUUGCCAGCUGGGAGAGGAAGAGAAGAGCCAAAUGCAAACCCUUUUCUGAAGCCACCAGAGAGACCGGAAACCUCUUUCCUAUGGUUCACAGCCCCCUUAAAGAGCAUCCAUUUUAUUAUCUGGCAGAAGAGUAAAUGGAAGAUCCUAAUUUUGAUUUGCAUCCUUCUGGUGAUCUGGCUGUUCAUAGAUUUCAUCUACGCAGCGCCAGGUUAUCUGGCCAUGAAGUUGGUCAAUCCAAUGAAAUUGCGUGGUCCACCUUGGUCCAAGCAGUCUCCAAAUAAUAAUAUUAACACGAGCUUUCAAUUAACAUGGACAACCUCAGAAACAACGCAGACAAUUUCAAAUGUGUCAUUGCCACCAGCUUCUCCCAAGAAAGGGCCACCAGCUUCUCCUAAGAAAGGGCCACCAGCUUCUCCCAAGAAAGGGCCACCAGGAGCUCCCAAGAAAAGACCACCAGGAGUCCCCAAGAAAGGACCACCAGGGGCUCCCAAGAAAGCACCACCAGGAGCCCCCAAGAAAGCACCACCAGGGGCUCCCAAGAAAGGACCACCAGGAGCCCCCAAAAAAGUGUCAACAACAGCUCUCAAGAAUAUGUCAUCAGCAACUCCAAGUAAAGCUCCAACAACCAUGCUGAAGAAAGGACCAACAACAACUCUGAAGAAAGUGAAACCAACAACUCUGAAGAAAGUGAAGCCAACAACUCUGAAGAAAGUGUCACCUCCCACCUCAAAGAAGCCAUCUCCUAAGAAAACACCAAAAGCAACUGUCCCAAAGCCAUCACAACCAACUACCAAGAAAUUAUGGCCAACUUCUCCCAAGAAAAAACCAGUUCCCCCCCAAAAAAUGUCCAACUCCUAAAAAAAGAUUGGUAACACUGAAAACACCCCCAAAAUAAUAGUUAUUCUUCCAAAAAAAAUCCUUGCAGGAUACCAUCAACUACUAAGAUCUUGGUCUGUUAUAGUAAGUGACAAUUUUUUGCUACACAAAAGAAAUCCUGCUCUUCACAGUCUAUUUGAAAUGUCUUCCACUGAAAGGCCAUUCUUGUUUCAUCUUCCCUGUUGUCCUCAAAGGGUCUUAGGGAGUAGAAACACUGGGUCUUUUUUGAAUUUGGUACCUUCCUUCCAACUUUUUCACUUUUGAUGAUGUUCCUCAAAGCCAACUCCUGAAAUACUUGCAGAGGGAGGAAGAGAGAAGACAGUGUGGAGUCAGGUGAGACUUCAGAAGAAAGUACACUGUCCUGGUAUCUCCAAGAGGUCAAUGAAGGCCCCUCCUUCAAAUGAAAUAUAGUUCAAGAGAAGUCAACGCCUUGUUAGUUAGAGAACUAGAGUCAUAAAUAGUUGCAAUUCAGUUACACAUGUUUUCAGCCAUCACUGGAGCCAAGUCAUACCAUACAAAUAAAUAUGCCCUCAAUGGUCCUUUGAUGCUUUGGGUGAGAU